GUUCGGUGGCGUCUGGAACGGAGCCGCUCUAGACAGGGAGCGGACUAGAAUGGCGUGAGGCUCCGCCCCUUCCUGUGACAUCACGCAGGGGACUCCUUUCAAAUAGUCGGGCAAGGGUCAUCAUGUGAUCAAUCGUCUCAGACAUGGCAGCAUCUCUACAGCCGGACGAGCUGCUGGGGCCGGACGAGCAGAAGCCGCAGGACCUGAAGAGUGUGCUGGUCACCAGCGUCCUGAACCUGGAGCCACUGGAUAAAGACCUUUAUAGGAGUUCUCGUCACUGGGUCCCCGCCACACGGAGGCUGUUUGGCGGUCAGAUUGUUGGGCAGGCUCUGGUGGCUGCCGCUAGCUCUGUGCCAGAGGGCAACGUCCACUCUCUGCACUGCUACUUUGUGCGAGCAGGGGACCCCAAGGCAUCAGUGUUGUACCAAGUAGAGAGGACACGAGAUGGGCGAAGUUUUAAUGUGAGGUCUGUGAAGGCAAUACAGCAUGGAGUACCAAUCCUCACUUGUCAAGUUUCCUUCCAUCGCUCCCAAGAGAGCCCCUUACAGCAUCAGUUCACUAUGCCAACUGUGCCUUCGCCAGAUGAGCUGCUCACCCGGGACGAGCUUUUAUACAAAUACUUGAAGGACCCCUCACUGGUGGACAAGCACAGGCUAGGCCUCAAUAAAAUCUUGGCUCAAGACGUUCCCAUUGAAAUCAAACCAAUAAACCCCCCCGACAUGUACAAUCGUUUGCCACAGGAACCACGACAGCUGUUCUGGGUACGAGCCAAAGGAGUCAUAGGUCCUGGUGACAUGAGAUUACAUUGCUGCGUAGCUGCCUAUAUUUCAGACUACUCGUUCCUGGGAACCGCACUACUUCCCCAUCUUCGGUUUGGGGUGCAAUUUAUGGCCUCGCUUGAUCACUCCUUGUGGUUCCAUUCUGAAUUCAGAGCAGAUGAAUGGAUGCUGUACGAGUGUGAAAGUCACUGGGCAGGCCACAGCCGAGGACUAGUACAUGGGCGCCUUUGGAGAAGAGACGGAGUGCUGGCAGUCACAUGUGCACAGGAGGGGGUCUUCCGUGUCAAGCAAAAUCCUCCCGAAAGCAAACUGUGAGCGCACAGCUCGCCCGCUGAAUCCAGAACUUGAAUUCCUUCCUUCGUGAGAUUAAUACAUUCCUGACCUGUAAUCCACAUGUUCACAUCCAGCUCCGGCAUCAUGAAACUAGUCUCCAAAUUGUGAAUAAUUGCAAAUAAUAUAUAUUUUAAUAAAUCAUUUGCGCUAUGCACUGAAAACA